CUGGGAUAGGAUCCAUACUAAUAAUCAUGGCUGCCUUAGCGCGAACUUCUGUGAACAAAGUUUUUCCUCUAAAAAAUUAUGAUUAUUAUCGACAUGCUGUCAACAUAGUUCGUUUAGCAUCAAACAAAGAUGAUAGUAGUAAAUACGAAUUAUCAACCAGAAAAUUCAAACAUAAAGAUGAUCCAGAACCAGAUUUAAAUCUUUUUAGACGAACUAGACCUGAUCCUGCUGCAAAAUUUCCAGAAAAAGAAGUCUUUCCUGGAGAGUUUUCAUUGGAAAAACCCAAAGGAAAAAUAUAUGAUAAAAAGCCGUUUAAGAUAUUUUUAGAAGCGGGAAAGACAUAUUCUUACUGCACAUGCGGCUGGAGCCGAUCUCAACCUUUCUGCGACGGGCAACAUAGGAGAAUAGAUGGUACUUCAGAAAUAAAAAGAACACAAAAAUUUAGGCCAAUAAGAUUUACAGUAGAAAAAUCUAAAGAGUACUGGCUUUGUAAUUGCAAGCAAUCGAAUAAUCGUCCAUAUUGCGAUGGAACACACAAGAGACAAGAUAUUCAAGAUGCUAUAAGAUCUUAG